ACGGGCAAAAUGGCUGGAUAUUCACGUUCUGCGAUUUUAUUAUUUUGUUUUUCUUUGUUAUUUCAAACGGUGUCAUUAGAGUCCUGCGAUGCUGACACGUGCAAUCAAGGGUCAGAAUCAGACUCCGACAAAAGUUGCGGCUGUUCCAUAAGUCGACAACAGACAGACACUCAAAAUGCUGACACUGAAACUGAAAGUUCAUCACUUUCACAUGAGAAAUCUAAAUACACGGACAAGGAAUUCAAUGGUGACUUUCAAAGAACAAACGAAAUGGUUCAGAUUCCAGCAGGGUCCUACAUUAUGGGCACUAAUGAGCCUGUAUUUAUCGCAGACGGGGAAGGCCCAGAACGUAAAGUUACAUUGGACAAGUUUUAUCUGGACAAAUAUGAAGUGAGCAACGCUGAGUUCAGCCUAUUUGUAAAAGAAACAGGAUAUAAAACCGAGGCUGAAACAUUCGGGAACUCGUUCGUGAUGGAUAAGUAUUUGGACCAGGAUACCCUGGAAAAAAUCACUCAGGCUGUGGCAGCUGCCCCGUGGUGGGUGCCAGUGAUUGGAGCAGACUGGAAACAUCCUGAAGGACCACCUUCGAAUAUUCAGGACAGAAUGAAUCACCCAGUUCUGCACACAUCAUGGAAUGAUGCUGUCAAGUAUUGUGCCUGGGCGGGAAAGCGGCUGCCAACAGAGGCGGAAUGGGAGUACGCCUGCAGAGGAGGGCGGGAUGGAAAGUUAUAUGCGUGGGGAAACAACGAAAAUCCAAAGGGAGCACACUGGAUGAAUAUAUGGCACGGGGAAUUCCCAAAGGAGAACUCAGCAGAUGAUGGCUAUGUUGGAACUGCUCCGGUGACUGAGUUUCCCGAACAGAACAAGUACGGUGUAAAAAACAUGGUAGGGAAUGUGUGGGAAUGGACGCAGGAUUGGUGGGUCACGGACCAUGACACACAACAUAAGACCAACCCGAAUGGGCCUGAUUCCGGAAUCGACAAGGUCAAGAAGGGGGGCUCAUUCAUGUGCCAUAAGUCCUACUGCUACCGAUACCGUUGUGCUGCACGCAGCCAGAACACGCCGGACAGCUCCUCCCACAACCUCGGCUUCCGUUGUGCCAGCAAUACAUUGCCAGAAUAUCUCAAGAAAUCCUAGUUGUGUUAUUAUAGUUUUUUUUCCAUGAAUGUAAUAUUUAUGUUAAGUAUAUAUGCAAAAAAUGUUAUAUAGAGGGGUUUAUCAAUGGAAUUGUUUUAUGCCUUCCUUUUUUUCUUGGUGAGCGGAGGCUGACCAGAACAUUUAAAAAAGUACAUUAUCCUAAUUUCUUCUUUUCAAUUAUUACCAAGUUCAUCGGUUUUUAUUGCAGUCUAUUUGCAACACAUGAUAGUAUUUUAUUGAUAUAAUUUCUUAUGCAUUCCAAUAUACAUAAUUAAAUAGGGAUGCGCCUUUUUAUAAUUUAUAGAUCUCUUUCAUCAUACUUUUGUUUGUUUUAGCAUAAAUUCUUCACUUCAUAUUCAAUUUUUUGUAGAAUGGGAAGAAGUACAAAAUGUAAUACCUGGCCCCAAUUUCUCGAAAGUUCUUAAGCGCUGUUAGGUUAAGUAGCUUAUUUCAUUAAGAUGAUUUCCUUCCUUAAUUUUGAUUUUACUUAAUAAAAAUGUGUUAAUCGUGAUAACCAUAAACUCCUUUGCCAUUUAAAGUCCAAAAAGUCUUUAAAAAGUAAACAUUAUACAAACUUUACCAAAACAAAAAUAGUGAGCUUAGCUUAAUCCAGUAAAAAGGGACUUAAGAUGUUUUGAGAAAUUGGGACUAAUCAUGCUGAGUGCAGCUGAGUUGGUAUUUGGUAGAGUUUACAAUUGGUCCACCAACUGCAAAGCUGGUUGUUUUUAACAUUCAAAUUUCAAUUUAUUCUUUAAAAGUAUACAUUCUUCUUUUCAUUACAGUUGUGUUAG